UGUCAAAUUUGUGCGUUUUGACAAGUUCUUCUUUAUUUUUUUCAUAUUGUAGUCGUUCAUUGAUUUAUUCUCUUUUUUCGGUUAUUUGUUGUUUAACAGCAAAGCGUAAGAGUUCAAUAAUGUGUUAAAGGUUAUCAAUAAGAUAAUAAAUCUUUAAACUUUGAAACAUACUAGUGGUAUAAAAAUUUCAUUACAUUAUCUGGAAGUGCAGUUCCUGAAAAAGUGACGAAGAAAUGACGAAGACGCAUCAUAAUCAUAAUUCUGAGCAUGCUGCGAAGAAGAUAUAUAACGGCGUUUACAAGGCGUUGCGUGUGCUGAUGCACUUGACUGCUGCUGUUCAAUUUAGCUAUGCCAUACACUACGACUACACCUAUGUAAAAUUUCCGGUAUCUGAUGCUAAUAUGCACAGCACAUUCGGCGGAAAAUUCAAAUAUCUUACUUUUCUGGAUGCGAUAGUGCAAGUUUUUUAUUACACAGUUUGCCUUAUUAAUGACUUUGUGGGCACCAACGAAGUUGCACCGAAGCAUUUGCCGGCAAUACGGAAGCUGAAGGAUUAUGUUAUGGCAGCAUUUGCUUUUCCAUUAGCAGUGAAUGUAGCUGUUACUUUUUGGUCACUUUAUGCUAUAGACAGAGAGCUUGUAUUUCCAAAAGUAUUGGAUGCCGUUUUUCCAAGCUGGCUUAAUCACAUAAUGCACACUAACAUACUAGUUUUCAUCAUACUAGAAAUGUUUACUUCAUUCCGUGAAUAUCCAAAACGUAAAAGAGGUAUUACUGGUCUUGGCAUAUUCAUGAUCACUUAUUUGAUUUGGAUACAUGUUGUUAAACACUACUCUGGCGUAUGGGUAUACCCAGUUUUGGAAGUCUUACAAUUACCACAACGCAUAGUUUUCUUUGUUGCCAUAUUAGCAUUCACGGUUUGUCUUUACUUUCUUGGCGAGUUUCUCAAUGGUGUUGUAUGGGCCAAAGAAAUUAAAAUCUUAAAUCGUAAAGCUAAAUAAAAUCAUUCCAUAUGCAAAAGAUCAAAUAUUGACAUAUGUGCAUUAUUAAAAGGAUAUACCUCUGUCUAUUAGAACUAAACAAUAAAUUCGGAAAUCGAAUUUUCGUAUUAAAUUUAUUAUUCGGCGGUUCCUAUAAUAUUUGGAACAUUUAAGAUUCACGAUUAAAAAAAAACUGGAUUUAAUUUAUUAGUAAAUAAUUAUAAAAUUUAGAUUUUUGUAUUGUAGAUUUUAAUUUUUAUUAUUGCAUAAAUUUUUUGAAUUAUAUUUUUUAUGUAUAAAGCAUCAGUUAUGUAAUUUUAACUAAACAUUUUAAAUGAGUCAUAUCAGUAUACUUAAAUAAUAAUUAAAAAUUUAUUUAGUACUGAAUUUCGUUUUUUAAAAAUUACAAAAUUUAAAUUAAUAAAGUGAAAUGAAUGUUAAAACUUAAUUGAAGUAGUCAAAAUACAUUUAUUGAUUGUAUUACCGUAAAAAUGAAUACUCCAAUAAAGCAUUUUAAUUUUUUCA